ACACUCAACCAAAUCUAGCUCUCAAACAAAUUGUUUAGACAAAAUUCAUUAAGAGACACUUGUGCAUUAUCAUGGCCGAGUUUAAUGUGAGAAGUACUAGUAGUAACAAAAAGAAGAGUAGAGGUAGCAUUGUGAAGCUCAUUGAGAAGCUACAAAAGAGGCUAUUACUAGUGAGAAACAAAUCAUCCUCAACCUAUGUGCCAGAGGAUGUAAAAGAAGGACAUUUUGCUGUUAUAGCAGAAGGUAUGAAAGAACAAGAAUCAGAGAGAUUUGUGCUUCCAUUGAGUUGUUUAACAAAUCCAAUAUUUGUGAGGCUAUUGGAGCAAGCAGAAGAAGAGUAUGGUUUUGACCAUGAAGGUGCACUGACCAUACCUUGCAAGCCUAGUGAGCUUCACAAGAUAGUGCAACAAUGGCAACGUGAGGAGGAAGGUGAUACAACAUGGAAUUCUUGCAAUAACUCCAUGGUUUUUCAAAACUAUUGAUAACUAAAUAAUGAGAUGCAUAUAUAUGUUUAUAGGAAAUAAAUGUUAGAUUUAUAUUUAUUUUAGUCAAUCCAUAUGAAAUACAUAUAGUUAAUGAUGAAGAGUGUUUACAAGAAUAGCUAAUAAUGGAUGGAUUGCACUUUUUGGCCUAUCUCUUUCUAUCUAAAUGAUUGAAAAACUAAGGAAGUUGUGUUUGCUACUAUCAUGAACUUUUAGAUGAAAAUUAUU